AUGAGGAUUUCGAGUUUGAUGGUUAUGGAGCAAAUCGCGAUUUUGUACACCAGAAGCCUAGAUCACAGGUCCGACGCGGCGGCGGCGCUUGUCUUGCUUGCAAAAAAGGUGCUUGAAAGUGAUGCUUUUUAUGUCCCUUCAUUAACUGGUUCAGUUGGAUUAAAGCCUUCUGAAGAUUACACAGUAAUAGAACUAGCUAGAAUAGACAUACCUGGACUAUUAUCAGAAGUAUCUGCAGUUCUCACAAAUCUUGGAUGUAAUGUAGUCAAUGCUGAAAUAUGGACUCAUAAUAAAAGUUUGGACUCCUUUCUAUUUGAUUCUAGGAAGAAAGGAUUACUUGAUUGGAAUACACGAUUUGUAAUCUUGAUGGCAUUUAAUGGCUCAGGGAUUCCUAUAUCUCCAUAG